CAAAUUUGAUGAUAAAGAAAAUAUCAAGACGAAUCAUACUGACAUUUUGGGGUUUUCAGGUUUCACAAUGCUGUCCUGGUGUAAAAUACGGUUUCUCCACAACAACAGCUGUGUGGCAGCAUUCAUCAGACAAUAUGGAAGAUAUACUGACCAAGCAGAGUUUCCACGCAUUACAGUUCCACAACCAAUGAUAGAAAAACUGCAUAGACACAACCUGAGAAAGGAAAAAGAGAAGGCGAGGAAAUCCCGAGAGAAACUCACCAGUCUCGUGAUCACGUCAAAGAGACGGGAAUUCCAGUUUUACAAGGGACAGAAGUUUGAUGUAUUUGACGCGAAGAAACUGGCUUCUCAUGGCUGGAAACACAGAAACAGUGGAGCAGACUAUUUUACCCUUCUCUCACAUGCAUCGAACCCUGCAAUGCGUACAGGCGGGGAUGGCAUGGGGAGUUUCACCGACCUGCAGCUUGACGACAGGCUUCUUCAGUUCCUUGAAGCACAUAAGAUAACAGCACCGACUCAAGUACAGGCUCGACUAAUACCAGUGGUUAAAGAAGGAAAGCAUGCAGUCUGUGCUUCUGAAACAGGAAGCGGGAAGACACUAGCCUACCUUUUACCACUAUUUCACAAUAUUCUGAAGCUGAAGAAGGCGGGACAGUAUGAUGAGAGUAUGACAAACGCCCCGUUAUGUAUUGUGAUGGUACCCUCCCGGGAACUUGUGAAACAAGUCAAGGAGGUUUGUGAGUCCAUGGAACAAUACACUGGUCUUGUUCCUGUUGCCUUGAGGCAGGACACCAUUCGCCAGUUGAAGACAGAAAAUACCAAGGUUGACAUUUUGAUUGGCAAUCCAUAUAAAGUUCAGAAGCUUAUUGCAUCAGGUGGCAUUGAUGUGUCGAGGUUGACAUCGCUGGUCGUAGAUGAGGCUGACACAUUGUUGGAUGACAGCUUUAGUAACGACACCCUUGCUGUCCUCCGCCGCUUACAGGUUGGAGGUGGCAGUGGAACAGAGCUGGGGGACAGUGGUUACGUGAGUGAGGGUGUCCAGGUCACUCUGGUGAGCGCCACCUACCCACAGGGACUGGAGCAGACAGUCGGGGAUGUAUUACCUUUUGACUCAAUGGAGAAAGUAAAGACCAGUGGCCUACAUCAGCUGAUGCCUCACGUACCUCAGAAAUUCAUGAAGAUGAAGUCCAAGGAUAAACUGCCAACACUGGUGGAGAUGUUGAAACGUAAGCCUGACGUGAAUUACAUGGUGUUCGUUAACUCGACGCGUUGUUGCUACUGGCUCAGUCAGACACUGACGGAGGUCGGGCUGAAAAACCUUUGUGUCUCCAAGGAAGAAUCUGUGAAGGAUCGACAGUCAGCCCUGGAGUCUUUUCACCGCGGUGAAAACAACAUUCUCCUCUGUACCGACAUCCUGUCCAGGGGAAUAGACACACGGGCGGUGGAUCAUGUGGUCAACUUCGAGUUCCCUCACUUCCUGUCCGACUACAUCCAUCGAGCGGGACGUGUUGGACGGGUGGGAGGAAAAAAUACCGGUCACGUGACCAGCUUCAUCUGCCAGCCCUUUGAGGUCGACCUUGUGUGGAAGAUUGAAGUGGCGGCCAGACAGAAAUCAGAGUUACACAACGUGAAUGCAAACAUCAAACGAAAGUUAGAGGGGCGUGUUAACAUGCAGAAAAAAGGCCUCGACUUGUGAUACACAGACUAUUUAACUUCUUAUGAAUUGUAGAAAAAAUAUUUGACCUGUGAUUCCAAAUUUAAAUGUGUUCUUGCUAAUCCUGACAUUUUGGGCCUGUGACAAAAUAACUGACUUUCAGCAUGGAAAAUGUGCUUUAGAAAACGAAAACCACAAGAAGCAAGGCAAGCCCAGACAUUGAUUAAAAAAAGGAACCCGUGAUUACAAAUACUUGUACAUGUAUGUUUGCUGUAUUAAACUCAUGGAAAUACC